AUGCAUCUCACCCCAUCCCUCCUCCUCCUCCUCUGGACCUCUCUAUCUCCCCACCCCGCCGCCGCCGCAGCAGCCAAGCCCCAAAACGCCAUCCUCCUCUCAGACGUGCAAUCCCUAACGCUCCGCGGCGGCGGCGCCCAGACCAAGCACAGGCGCGUAUCCGCCGUCCCGCAGCUACGCUGCGUCUCGCCCGCGGCGACAUGCCGUCUGCACGAGAUCGACGUGAUGCGGUGCGCGAACCAGGGCUCGGGCUACGACGCCCAGGACAUCCAGUGGUCGUGCACGGCCUCGCUGCCGCCCGAGCUCAAGCUCGGCAGCACCGACGUCGUCUGCGAGGGCUACUCGUCUCCCGACGACCCCUACGUGCUCAAGGGCAGCUGCGGCGUCGAGUACCGCCUGCUCCUGACCGAGUCCGGCGAGGCCAAGUUUCCCGACAUCGCCAAGACCGGAGGGACCGAUGAGAAGAAGACCAUGUCGGAGAAGAUCGGUGCUGCCCUGUUUGGCGUCGUCUUCGCCCUUGUCUGUAUGAUUAUGAUUUAUUCCGCUUGCGUAAACGCUAGGAAUGCUCCGAAUGCGCCGCGGAGACCGAGGGAUAAUCGUUGGGGAGGAGGAGGAGGAGGCGGAGGUGGGUUUGAUCCUGGUUUCGGGCCUGGCGGAGGUGGUGACGACUGGAAUGACCCGCCACCACCUUAUCCGGGACCUAAGUAUUCGUCUACGGCAGGGAACCAAAGUUGGCGGCCUGGAUUCUGGACUGGGGCUGCAACUGGGGCUGCAGCAGGAUAUGUGGCUGGCAGUCGAGGGUCCGGACAGGAUAGGCGAAGUUCUAGUUAUGAGUCAAGAGCAGGUCCGUCUAGUUCAUCACAGUCGACAUCCUCUGCUAGAUAUGAAGGUACAGGAUUUGGUUCAACAAGCCGAAGAUAA